GGGCUUUCGUGCCAGUACAGAGCAGCGACAGUGUCAGUGUGAGCGCAACCCCGUAUAGUGCGACUUUACUACCAAACUACCACUAUCACUAAAAUAAGUAUACAGUAUUAGCCUGAAUUGACAUGGUAUAAGGAUUUUGAUAGAAGUGAUUCUACUCGUGUUAAGUGGCCCGUAAAAAGUUUCAAUUCGAAGAAACAUUGAAUUUUAACCAGCGAAUGUUGUUUUCGUAUGGAACUUUUGAUGUUUCUGCUAAACUAAAAAAACUAAGCCAAUCAGCCGAGCCGAGUACCAGCCUUGCCAGGGAGAAUGAGUGGCAGCUUGAGCUUGCGGGCCACGUGGUGCCUGCUGGCCUGCAGCAUGGCGUGGCUGCCCGCGUGCCUGCCGACGCCGCACCGCGGCCGCCACCACGCCCCCGGCGAGCCGCACGCCGAGCCGUUCCACAUGUCGCACGACCCCUUCGACCCGCACCGCGACUCCGAGGAGUUCCGCAGGGACGCGCCGCUCGAAGACAAGCGCGAGUUCACGCGCAGGGACUCCACGGAGGAGGACCCGCUCGUGGUGCAGAUCAAGAAGGGCAAGGUGCGAGGGGUCACGCUCACGGCCGUCACUGGAAAGAAAGUGGACUCGUGGAUGGGCAUACCGUACGCGCAGAAGCCCAUCGGAAACUUAAGAUUUCGUCAUCCCCGACCAGCAGAAAAAUGGGAAGGAAUCCUCAACACGACAUCGCCUCCAAACUCGUGCGUCCAAAUCAUCGACACGGUGUUCGGAGACUUUCCCGGCGCCACGAUGUGGAAUCCCAACACCCCCUUAAGCGAAGACUGCCUCUACAUAAACGUGGUGGUCCCGAAACCUCGCCCGGUAAACGCAGCGGUCCUUGUCUGGGUGUUCGGAGGCGGGUUUUACUCCGGUACCACCACACUGGACGUGUACGAUUACAAUAUUAUGGUGGCCGAGGAGAAUAUUAUAGUGGUGUCGAUGCAGUAUCGGCUGGCGUCGUUGGGAUUUUUGUAUUUCGGGACUUCGGACGUGCCUGGGAAUGCUGGUAUGUUCGAUCAAAUAAUGGCGCUGCAGUGGAUACGGGAUAAUAUCGCCGCCUUUGGCGGUAACCCCAAUAACAUAACCUUGUUCGGUGAGUCAGCCGGUGCAGUAUCCGUAUCGCUGCAUUUAUUAUCGCCGCUAUCGAGAAACUUGUUCUCGCAAGCUAUAAUGCAGAGCGGUAGUGCUACAGCACCUUGGGCUAUAAUAUCCAGGGAAGAAUCUUUACUAAGAGGUCUUAGGCUUGCUGAAGCAGUCGGUUGCCCGCAUCAGGAAAGCGAUAUAAACGCUGUUAUAGAAUGCCUGAAGAAAAAAGACCCAGUUGAGUUAGUCAAUAAUGAAUGGGGUACCCUAGGGAUCUGCGAAUUUCCCUUUGUACCGAUCAUAGAUGGCGCUUUCUUGGAUGAACACCCAGUCCGCGCACUCGCCAAUAAGAACUUCAAAAAAACCAACAUCCUCAUGGGUUCCAAUACCGAAGAGGGCUAUUACUUCAUACUUUACUACCUCACUGAACUCUUCAGGAAAGAAGAAAAUGUUUACGUGAACCGACAAGAAUUCCUUCAAGCAGUAACAGAGUUAAACCCAUAUGUAAAUCAAGUAGCCCGGCAAGCCAUAGUUUUCGAGUACACUGAUUGGCUCAACCCUGAUGACCCCAUCGCUAAUAGAGACGCUCUUGAUAAAAUGGUGGGUGACUACCAUUUCACCUGCAAUGUAAACGAUUUCGCGCACAGAUAUGCUGAGUUGGGCAACAAUGUUUACAUGUACUAUUAUAAGUAUAGGACAGUUGCCAAUCCUUGGCCUUCUUGGACCGGGGUUAUGCACGCCGAUGAGAUUAAUUAUGUUUUUGGGGAGCCUUUAAACCCUACGAAAAGUUAUACUGCGCAGGAGGUCGAUUUAAGCAAAAGGAUUAUGAGAUAUUGGGCCAAUUUUGCCAAAACAGGUAAUCCAAGUUUAUCUUCCAACGGCGUCUGGACCCCGACAUUCUGGCCACUGCACACGGCCUACGGACGAGAAUACCUAAUUCUAGACGUUAAUACUACGGCGACCGGUAGGGGGCCUAGGUUAAAGCAAUGCGCCUUUUGGAAGAAGUACUUGCCCCAGCUGCAGCAGCUAUCAGUGGAAAUGCAAAACCAACCAUCUAAAAAAGAUUGUACCAACCGGUCCAACCCUCAACAGAACUCCUGGGGGAUUUUAAUCCUGCUGUUGGUGGCCCUGGCAGGAAUGAAGAGCACAUAUUUGCAAUAGUUACCAACUUAGAAAAUCAAACCCCCCUUUUAAGGAGCAAUAGAUACGCGCGUAUACGUAGUAUUUGUCAUGAUUGAAG